AUGCUGGCGCCGGAGAGGCUCAGCGCCUCAGCCGCGGCCGUCUGCCAUCAUGCCAUCCGUAGUCACCACGAGAACCAAACACGUCGUGCUCUCGCCGGCUUCCUCGCCAUCGCCCGUGAGCUCCCCGACGCCGCCGUGACGGUCGUCUCCACUCCACGCAACGUCGCCGCCCUGCGCCCCUCUCAUCCCUCGAUCCGCUUCCACGCGCUGCCGUUCGUCCCCGCCGACCACGGCCUGCCCGCGGACAGCGAGUCCAUGAGCUCCCUCCCGGUGCCGGCCUUCAUCGACCUCUUCGAGGCCUUCGAGACCCUCGAGCCCGCCUUCGACGACUACCUGUCCGGCCUCCGCGGCGGCGAGAGCGGCGCCGACGUCUGCGUCGUCGCCGACGCGUUCGUCGCGUGGACGGUGGGCGCCGCGCGGCGGCGCGGGUGCGCGCACGCGGUCUUCGUCUCCUGCGGCGCGUUCGGCACGGCCAUCUUCCACGCCCUGUGGAGGCACAUGCCGGCGCUGCCUUUCGUCUCCGACGGCGGCGGCGGCAGCGGCAGCAGCACGCUCCGCCUGCCGGAGCACCCGGACGUGGAGCUCCACCGGUCGCAGCUCUCGCCGGCGUUCCUGCUCCGCGGCGACCUGAGCGACCGGUGGACGGCGUUCUACCUGCGGAUGAUACGGCACGGGUACCGCACGGGCGCGGUGCUCGCCAACACCGUGGAGGAGUUGGAGCCCACGGGGCUCGUCAUGAUGCGCCGCACCCUCGACGGCAAGGUCCCGGUCUGGCCCGUCGGCCCUCUCGUCCGCGGCGACGACUCGUCGGAGACCGACGGCGGCGGCGUUCUGCGGUGGCUGGACUCGCAGCCGCCGUCGUCCGUCUUGUACAUCUCCUUCGGGUCACAGAACACC